AUGUGCGAGAGCUGCUUAGAGCUGGGGAUUCAGUUUGUAACGGUGUACGCCUUCGCGUUGGGUAAUUUCCACCGAGACCCCGCGGAGGUCACUGGCCUUCUGAACUUGGCGGAAGAGAAGUUCGCAGACAAAGGGUGGAUCGAUGGAUUUUUCAAGCGGUUGGGCAUCCGCCUGCGUUUCCUCGGAGACUUCUCCUACCUGCCUGAUCGUCUGAGGACAGCUCUAGCAACUGCUGUGCAGGAAACGUCGGAGGCGUGCGCAGACCCGAACGGUCUGGGCUGUCGACUUCUUGUGACUGUCUGUGUGGCGUAUGGGUCAAGAAGGGAAAUCGCGCGGGCCCUUGCCGGCGAGGUUUCUCUGCUGCAAGACGCUCCACUUAACCACCGCCGUCAGUUGCCUGCGGCGACCUGGCCAUCUGAUUCGGCUUCUUCCGGUAUCGAACGACAGCAAACAACCGACACUGACGGCUCUGGCGCAGCUUCUGUCGACAUCCUGGAAGCACACCUGUCUCCUAGUGGAGCGUGCACCACGUGGCACUCAACUCGAAAGCGGGGCCAUCAGCUGUGGACUGCUCUUCAGAUCGAAAACGUCCCUCCACCUGAUUUGCUCCUUCGCACUUCGGCACCGCCUUGUCAUGCUGCAGCGGAUAUCCAGCCUUAA